AGGAGAAAUCACUAACUAGAGAGUAGACAAAUGUUAACUUUGGUGAAGGGAAAGACAACACACAAUAUAGGGGAAGUCAGCACAACUUGACUGAGGCAAAGUCAUAGAACCUUCCUAGACACAUCCAAACAGCUUGAGGGAUUGAGUUACUGGGGCUGAGGGCUGGGGACCAUGGUCUCAGGGGACAUCUAGGUUGACUGGUAUAACAUAGUCCGUAAAGACAAUGUUCUACAUCCUACUUUGGUGAGUAGCAUCUGGGGUCUUAAAAGCUUGAGAACGGUCAUCUAAGAUACAUCUACUUUUCCCAUCCUGUCCAGAGCAAAGGAGAAUGAAGAAAACCAAAGACACGAGGAAAAUAUUAGUCCAAAAGACUAAUAGACCACACGAACCACAGCCUCCACCAGCCUGAGCCCAGAACUAGAUGGUGCUUGGCUACCACCACCAAUGGCUAUGACAGGGAUCACAAUAGAGGGUCCCGGAUGAGCAGGAGAAAAAUGUAGAACUGCAGUGCGAUGGAUCAAUUUUGUGUAGUCUUCUAACUCCCACCCAAGUGAUUGGGUGGGACUGUGCAAAUAAGGUAAAUGUGGCCCUCCAAGGGGAUUGGUCAGUUUUGCCAUCCUGCUAGGCUUAAAAGAGAGCCAAUUCCAGAGCAGACAGAGGAUCUCACUACCACCAAGCAAGAAAAGCCAAUAGUGGAGAGUGUCCUUUGGACCUGGGAUGCCUGCGCCGAGAAGCUCCUGGAGUCAGGAGACUGAGAGAGAGAGCUGUAACACCAAAGAUGUUGAGGAGCAGUGGCAGAGAAAUGCUGGCAGGAGAGACGGGCAGGAGACGGCAUGAUGGGCUUCCCAGCCCGUGGAGUGAGAAUGCAGUUGAGGUCCUUGGGGAAGGAGGCUUGCUGGUGGAGUAGGGUGUCCCUGGGCACUUGGUGGAGCUAGGUUUGCUGACUCACGGAGCUAGAGCUGAGCACUUUCGGGCCAAGGCUUACUGGUGGAGUGGGGUGCCUCAGGGUACUUAUCAGCAGAGCUAAAAGAGAUUUGCAACACUUGCCUGAGCUGGGCAGAGGCCAAGGGCCAGAGAGAGGCCUGCCUGCGGGUAUGGCUGGGAAGAGGAUGUCCUGAUGGAAGAACUGUAUCCUGAGCCUUCCUGAACCUGAAUUGUAACCUGUUACUUCUCUAAUAAACCCCAUAAUCAUGAGUAUUGUCUGUGAGUUCUGUGUGGCCAUUGCAAUGAAUUAUCGAAGCCAAAAGAUUAGUAGAGAGUGCCAAGGGGCUGUGGGAGGGAUGGUUGGUGCCAGAAUUGAUAAAGAUGGUGGAGAGGGGAGACAUGUCUAACCUCUGCCUCAUAGGAAUCAGCCUUGGGCUGUUGAUCUUGAUCCUCCUUCCCCUUCCUGAAGUUAGAGGUGGUCAGACUGUGCCCCCACGCAUUUUUACACGAACAAACUUCAAAUUCACAAAAAAAGACCAGACUUACUGGUCUGACAGAGACUGGAGGAACUGUGAGACUGUAGCCCCCAGACACCCUGCUAACUCAGAACUGAAGCCACUCCCGAAAUCCACCUUUCAACCAAAGAUUAGACAAGUCUGUAAAACAAACAAUAACACAUGUUGAGGAACUUGCUUUUUAGUUCAAUCAAGUAUGUGAGACCAAAUGGGCAACAUCUGCCCAAAAGCAAAGACAACAAGGCAGGAAGGGAUAGGAAAACUGGAAAAAUGGACACGGAGAACCCCGGUUGGAAAGGGAGAGAGUGCUGACACAUUUCAGGCGUGCAAACAACGUCACAAAACAAUUUGAGUGUACAUUUUUGAAUGAGAAGUUAAUUUGCACUGUGAACUUUCACCUACAGUACACACACACACGCACACGCACACGAUGGCGCACACACACGAUGGAAUGCUCUGGAAAGCCCCAUGCGUGAACCCUGGAGCUAUGACAGAGGCUGGCUGAACAGAGGCCAGUCCUGCUGAAUUUCCCAUCUUCCCCUCCCUUCCUCAGACUGGGAGCCUUUUCAGAUUUCCGUAGGGAUCCUUCCCAAAAAUACCAGUGUGAGAACAGGAUUGCUAAGCAACUGCCAAUGAAUUUGACUUUCUCUUCUCACAAACUGUAAUCUGAAUUUUAAUUUGGUAAAUGUUUUGCUGCCUAAGGUAUUCCCAUGGAACUUAGCUCUGGACAGCCAAGGAGAUUUGUUUUUGGAACAGUUACUGCUGAUUCUGGGAGAGGCCAUUUUUUCAUUUGGAUUUGGAAAAAUCAGGGAUGUCCUAAAUAAUUUUUGAUUCAAUUUUGUGUAUAUCCUGUCAAUGAAUUUGAUUCUUUUUCUCUAUCAAAAUGAAGAGUUCGUGUAGUUUUUCAAGGGCAUUGGGAGGGGGCAGAAGGAGGGAGAUGGUUCUAGAAAGAUUAAGGGAACUUGUCUUAUUCAGGAUGUUUUUGGUAAGAAUUCUUGUUGCAAACAGGAGAACCCACUCUAGGCUGAUGAAGCAGAGAAGAAGCUUAUUUAAGGAUAUUAGGUGUUCACAGGCUUUCCAGUUGGAGGCCACACAGCCAGGAGCAAUGCCUAAAUUACAUAGAGGGGCAGCUCCAACAAAGACCCCAUGGCCACCCCCACUGGAGGGCAGACAUGGCAGUUCACAAAGAUCAUACUGGUUGCUGGGUGCCAGAAAUCCCAUGCUAGCCUGAAAGUCAGAUGCCUCUGCCAUCAUUCUUCUAGAAUAUUGUUUCGACAUGGCGCCUGCCUCUGAAUCUAUAAGUUUGUCUUGGGUGUGUCUGAUUGGCUAAGCUAGGUCACAUGCCUGGGCCCUAACUUGAAGGGAAACUGAGCUGGGAAAGAGAGUUACUGGCUUCUGUCUUGAGGAGGCAGGACUUAUAAUGUAGUUGCUUGCUGCAGAGUUGAUUCCGUCUCAUAGCGACCCUAUAGGACACGAUAGAACUAUAAUCUUUACGGGAGCAGAUUGCCAGGUCUUUUCUCUCUCAGAGUCACCGGGUGAGUUCAAACCACCAACGUUUCAGUUAGCAGCUGAGCGCUUAACCAUUGUGCCACCAGGCCUCCUUGUGCAGAAAACUCCCUAAACGUAGAAAGAGUGCUUGUAAGGUGCUGAAUAACCAGAAGAGGUGUCAACUGUCCACAACUUGUUUGAUUGGAAGGAACAGAAAUUCAUUCACUCACACAGAUGGUUUGAGUGGAUUUAAGAAGUAGAAACGGGAAAAUGUCACAGAAAGAGCUAUAGCAGGGCCUUAUGGAAACUAGAGGAGUCCAUGGGUAGUGCGAACAGUUAAGCACUGGACUACUAACCAGAAGGUUGGCAGUUUGAACCCACCAAGGGGUGCCUCAGAAGACUGGCAAUCUGCUUCCGAAAGGUCACAUUCUAGAAAACCCUGUGAAGUAGUUCUCUACACACAUGCGGUCGCAGUGAGUUGGGGUUGACUCCACAGCAACUAACGACAACAACAGGAGAACUAAGGAGCUGGCCAGCAGCUUCCCUCUCUCCCUGGUUUCCUGAUCUCUGCCCCUGCGAUUCUCCUGUCAGAUCUAUCCCUGUCUCUCACACUAGCUUCCUCACCUUGCCCUUGACUCCUGCUCCCCCGUGGCACUGACCUGCACAGUGGCUUCGGUAGAAACCCCAGCCCCAACUAUCCAGUCCUUUCGUUCAGGUGCUCAUAUGAUCUCACUGACAGUUUCUCAGUGCCAAUUCCAUUUUCAUGGAGAAGGAUGGAUGUCCAUGUGUUCAAAUGUUCACCCGCAGUCCAAGCAGCUGUGGCUGGGAGAAGGCAGCAAAGGCAUACACAGCUCUGAGUGAGGUGUUUGUUCUUAGAGGCAGUGGUUGGCAACAGCUGCUGUGGAACCAUGGAGAUGAAAGCCCUCAAAGAUCAGGAAGUACAAGUCCUUCAGUUUACGGUUAAAGAAACGGAAGCUCAGAAAGGCUAGGCGGACUGGGGUGGGAGAUAGUACAGCUCAGUGGAAAGACAAAGGUUAGUGUCAUUUAACCACCAUGAACCUGUUUCCUCUUUUGUGAGAAGGGGAGAAUGAUACUCAGCUGGCAGAGUUGUUGUAUUAAAUGAACUAUAAUGUAUGUAACAAGCUUAGCCCUCUGCAAACACUUAUUAAAAGUUGCCUGUUAUAAAAACAGAGCCCUGGUGGCGCAGUGGUUAAGUGUUUGGCUGCUAACUGAAAGGUCAGCAGUUCAAAUCAACCAGGCACUCCUUGGAAACCCUAGGGGGCAGUUCUACUCUGUCGGAAUCGACUCAACAGCAACUGUGUUGUAGAGGGUCGAUAUGAGUCGGCAUUGAUUUAAUGGCAACUGGUUUGGUUAUAAGAGCAACAGAAACAAUUUGUUUCAUUUGAGCAGCAUUAUACAUGCUCAUAUCAACCAGAUAACAUGUUACCCCAGUUUCUAAACUGUGUCCUGUAGAUAUUUGCUGUCAUUUGGGAAUAGUUCUUUUGCAGGCCUUGUUCUGUUGAGCGUCCCUGAACCACUUCCAGCAGCUUCUGUUCUAAAACUGUAUAUAAAUGUAUGUACUCUUUUGUGUCAAGUUUCUUUUGCUCAACAUAAUGUUUUUGUUGCUUGUGUCAGUAGUUCUUUUUUAUUGCCAAAUAGUAUUCCAUUGUAUGAUGAUAUUGUAAUUUCUUUACCUACUUUACUAUGGGUAAUUUCCAGCUUUUGUCUAUUAUGAAUAAGGCUGCGGUGAACAUUUUUGUACAAGUCUUUAUGUGGACAUUUUUAAAAAACUUCUCUUGGGUAAAUACCUAGGAGCUCUGUAGUUAAAGUGAUGGACUGCUGACCAGAAGGUCGGUAGUUUGAAACCACCAGUGGCUCUGAAGGAGAAAGACGUGGCAGUCUGCUUCUAUAGAGAUUUACAGCCUUGGAAACCCCAUGGGUCGCUUUGAGUUGGAAUCGACUCCACGGUAGCGGGUAAAAUACCUAGGAGUGGAAUUGCUGAGUCAUAGGGUAGACAUGAGUUUAGCUUUAAUAGAUACUUUAAAAUUUCCUAACGUUAUUGGACUAUUUUAUACUUCUACCAAGAAUGUAAGAGUAUCCAGUUGUUCUACAUCCUCACCAACAUUUGGAGUUGUCAGUCCUUUUUUAAUCUUAGCCCUUCUAGUGGGUGUCGGGAGUUCCUGGGUGGUACAAAUGGUUAACACGCUUAGCUGCUAACUGAAAGACUGAAGGUUUCAGUCCACACAGAGGCACCUUGGAAGAAAGGUCUAACAAUCUAUUUCGGAAAAAUCAGCCACUGAAAACCCUAUGGAGCAUAGCUUUGCUCUGACACAAAGGGGGUUGCCAUGAAUCAGAGUCGACUGACAGCAACUGAUUAGUGGGUGUGUAGUUAUAUCUCAUUGUGGUUUUAAUUUGCAUUUCACUAAUGGCUAACGAUGUUGAAAGCCAUCUUGUGUGCUUAAUGUCUAUUUGGGAAACCCUGGUGGCAUAGUGAUUAAGAGCUACAGCUGCUAACCAAAGGGUCAGCAGUUUGAAUCCACCAGGCGCUCUUUGGAAACUAUGGGGCAGUUCUACUCUGUUCUAUAGGGUCGCUAUGAGUUGAAAUUGACUCAACGGCAAUGGUACUAGUGCCCAUUUGUAUAUAUUCGUUUGUGUAGUGUCUGUUCAAGUCUCUUGCUUAUUUUUAUUUAGCUGUUUGUCUUCUUAUUGUUAAUUUGUAGGAGUUGUUUUAUUCUGUAUACAAGUCCUCUGUAAGAUACACACACACACAUAUGUUGUUAGGUGCCAUCAAGUUGGUUCCGACUCAUAGUGACUUGAUGUACAACAGAACAAAACACUGCCUGGUCCUACACCAUCCUCACAAUUGUUAUGCUUGAACCCAUUGUUGCAGCCACUGUGUCAGUCCAUUUCCUUGAGAGUCUUCCUCUUUUUCACCGACCCUCUACUUUACCAAGCAUGAUGUCCUUCUCCAGGAACUGUUCUCUACUGAUAACGUGUUCAAAGUAUGUGAGAAGAAAUUUUGCCAUCAUUGCUUCUAAGGAGCAUUCUGGCUAUUUGUUUUUCAACACUUUAUAGAUGUGUUUUGCAGCAAAUUUGCAGCAAAUUUGAUUUCUUGACUACUGCUUCCAUGGGCACUGAUUGUGGAUCCAAGUAAAAUGAAAUCCUUAACAACUUCAAUCUUUUCUCCAUCUAUCAUGACAUUGCUUAUUGGUCCAGUUGUGGGGAUUUUUGUUUUCUUUAAGUUGAGGUGCAAUCCAUACUGAAGGCUUUGAUCUUCAUCAGUAAGUGCUUCAAGUCCUCUUCACUUUCAGCAAGCAAGGUUGUGUCAUCUGCAUAACGCAGGUUGUUAAUAAGUCUUCCUCCAAUCCUGAUGCUCCGUUCUUCUUCAAAUAGUCCACCUUCUUGAAUUAUUUGCUCAGCAUACAGAUUGAAAAGGUAUGGUGAAAAAAUACAACCCUGGCGCACACCUUUCCUGACUUUAAACCAGUUAGCAUCCCCUUGUUCUGUCCGAACAACUGCCUCUUGAUAUUUGUAAAGGUUCCUCAUGAGCACAAUUAAGUGUUCUGGAAUUUCCAUUCUUUGCAAUGUUAUCCACAAUUUGUUAUGAUCCACACAGUUGAAUUCCUUUUCAUAGUCAAUAAAACACAGGUAAACAUUUUUCUGGUAUUCUCUGCUUUCAGCCAAGAUCCACCUGACAUCAGCAAUGAUAUCCCUCAUUUCACGUCCUCCUUGAACAAUUCAGCUUGAACUUCUGGCAGUUCCCUUUUGAUGUACUGCUGCAGCCAUUUUUGGAUUGUUUUCAGCAAAAUUUUACUUGUGUGUGAUAUUAAUGAUAUUGUUUGAUAAUUUUCACAUUCUGUUGGAUCACGUUUCUUUGGAAUGGGCACACAUAUGGAUCUUUCCAGUCAGUUGGCCAGGUAACUGUCUUUCAAAUUUCUUGACAUAGAUGAGUGAGCACCUCCAGUGCUGCAUCCUUUUGUUGAAACAUCUCAAUUGGUAUUCCGUCAAUUCCUGGAGCCUUAUAUUUUGCCAUUCCCUGCAGUGCAGAUUGGACUUCUUCCUUCAGUACCGUUGGUUCUUGAUCAUAUACUACCUCCUGAAGUGGUUGAACACCGACCAAUUCUUUUUGGUACAAUGUAUUCCUUCCAUCUUCUUUUGAUACUUCCUGCGUUGUUCAAUAUUUUCCCCCAUAGAAUCCUUCAGUAUUGCAACUCGAGGCUUGAUUUUUUUCUUCAGUUCUUUCAGCUUGAGAAAUGCUGAUGGUGUUCUUCCCUUUUGAUUUUCUAACUCCAGGUCUUUGCACGUUUUAUUAUAAUACUGUGUCUUCUCAAGCCUCCCGUUGAAAUCUUUCGUUCAGCUUUUUUACUUCAUCAUUUCUUCUGUUUGCUUUAGCUGCUCCAGAUUCAAGAGCAAGUCUGAGUCUCUUCUGACAUCCAUUUUGGCCUUUUCUUUCUUUCCUGUCAUGCUUUCUUCAUGUGUGAUGUCCUUGAUGUAAUUCCACAACUUGUCUGGUCUUUAGUCAUUAGUGUUCAAUGUGUCAAAUCUAUUCUUGAGAUGAUCUCUAAAUUCAGGUGGAAUAUACUCGAGGCCAUAUUUUGGCUCUUGGGGAAUUGUUCUAAUUUUCUUCACCUUCAGCUUGUACUUGCAUAUGAGCAAUCGAAGGUACGUUCCACAGUUGGCCCCUGGUUUGUUCUGACGAAAUUGAACUCCUCCAUCAUCUCUUUCCACAGAUAUAGUCAAUUUGAUUCCUGUAUAUUCCGUCUGGUGAGGUCCAUGUGUAUAGUUGUUGUUUAUGUUGUUGAAGAAAGGUAUUUGCAAUGAAAAAGUCAUUGGUCUUGCAAAAUUCUAUCAUGUGGCCUCCAGCGUCAUUUCUAUCACCAAGGCCAUAUUUUCCAACUACCGAUCCUUUGUUUCCAGCUUUCACAUUUCAAUCACCAGUAAUUAUCAAUGCAUCGUAAUUCAUGUUUGAUCAAUUUCAGACUGCAGAAGUUGGUAAAAAUCUUCAGUUUCCUCAUCUUUGGCAUUAGCGGUUGGUACGUAAAUUUGAAUAGCAGUCGUAUUAACUGGUCUUCCUUGUAGGUGUAUGGAUAUUAUCCUAUCACUGACAACAUUGUACUUCAGAAUAUAUCUUGAAAUGCUCUUUUUGACAAUGAAUGUGACACCAUUCUUCUUCAAUUUGUCAUUCCUGGCACAGUAGACCAUAUCACUGUCUCAUUCAAAAUGGCCAAUACCAGUCCAUUUCAGCUCACUUAUGCCUGAUAUAUCAAUCUUUUUGUGGUCCAUUUCAUUUUGGACAACUUCCAAUUUUCCUAAAUUCGUAUUUUAUACAUUUCAUGUUCCGAUUAUUAAUGGAUGUUUGCAGCUGUUUCUUCUCAUUUUGAAUCAUGCCACCUCAGCGAAUGAAGGUCUUGGAAGCUUGUCUCCAUCCACAUCAUUAAUGUUCACUCUAAUGUGAGGAGGCAGCCCUUCCUCAGUCAUAUUCUGAGUGCUUUCCAACCUGAGGAACAAUGUCCUACUGCUAUUCAUAAGGUUUUCACUGGCCAAUUUUUUUCAGAAGUAGACUGUCAGGUCCUUCUUCCUAGCCUAUCUUAGUCUGGAAGCUCUCUGAAACCUGUUCACCAUGGGUGACUAUGCUGGCAUUUGAAAUACUUGUGGCAUAGCUUCCAGCAUCACAGCAACGCUCAAGCCACCACAGUACGACAGACUGAAAGACGUGUGGGAUAUAUACAUGUAUAAACUGCAAGUAUUCCUUUCUUUGUGUCUUUUUUAAAAAAACUGCUUUUUUGAGGUAUAACUGACAUACAAUAAACUGAACAUAUUUAAAGUAUACACCUAUGAAACCAUCACCACAAUCAAGAUAAUGAAUGUAUACAUCACUCCCAAGAUUCUUCAUGUCCCUUUGUAAUCCUUCCCUUCUGUUGCCCUCCCCACCCAUUCCUAGGCAACCACUGAUCUUUCUGUCACUAUAGAUUAGUUUGCAUUUCCUAGAAUUUUAUGUAAGUGGAAUCAUAUAGUAUGUACUCUUUUUGUCUGAUUUCUUUCACUUAGCAUAAUUAUCUUGAGAUUCAUUUAUGUUGCAGGUAUCAAUAGUUCAUUCCUUUUCAUUGAGUAGUGUUCCAUUGUAUGCAUAUAUCACAAUUUGUCUACCCAUUCAACUCUUCAUGGAUCUUUGCAUAGUUUCCAGUUUGGGCCUCUUAUGAGUAAAGCUGCUACAAACAUUCAUGCUCAAGUCUUUGGAUGGACAAAUGCUUUUAUUUUCCUAGGUGUGAAAUGGCUGGAUAGUAAGAUAGGCAUAUGUUUAACUCUUUCAAGACCUAAUUAUUUUCUCCUUUGAAUUUUUUGUUGAUGCUAUGGUGUUUUGGAGCCCUGGUGGUGCAGUGGUUAAGAGCUAUGGCUGCUAAACAAAAGGUCGACAGUUCAAAUCCACCAGCUGCUCCUUGGAAACCCUAUGGGGCAGUUCUACUCUGCCCUAUAGGGUCACUAUGAGUUGGAAUCGACUCGAUGGCAGUGAGUUUGGUUUUGGUUUGGACUAUGUGUUUUCAUUAAUGAAGGCAUGCUGAUUAAAGGACAAAUUCAGAACUUUUGUUAUGAGUUAUGGAUUUUGAUACCUGUCACCUGGGGCCAUAUGUGUCCCAGUGGCCUCUGGACAACAUAAAUCCUGCCGAUAUGAGUCAAUGAUAAAAUCUUUUAUUUUUAUUUAUUUUAUUUCUCAAAAAUUUGCAAAACAUGAGAUAGACCAUGAAGGCACCUGACAAUGACUGCACAUACAUUUUGUUCCAGUCUCCUCCUUCUUAGCCUUUUAAUUAUUUUUCAUGAAACUUUUCAAAACACGGUACAAUGCAUUCUUCCUUACUGCAAAAAGUCAAUAAAUAAAUAAAGCCAAGGGAUUUUUUUUUUAAACCUCAGGAAUAUUACCACUGCAAUGCAUUCUUCAUUACUGCAAAAGCAGUACUUAGAGGCAAAAUAAAUAAAACUAAAGUAAUUUGAGUUUCAGGAAGAUUACCACUCCUAUGCAUUCUUCAUUAUAAUAAAAGCAGUAUUAACAGCUAAGAAGCAGAAACAGCUGCCCUGGAAUACUGCAGAACUGUUCACAUUGGUGCAGUCCACCUGCUACAUGUACAAGCAAUGAUUGGGCCCCAAGAUUGAGUGUAGGGUAAGAAUAACUUAUACGAGUUCCAGACUCUUGAAAAGUACCACUGCAAUGCAUUAUUCCUUAUUGAAAAGGCAUUAUUUACUGUUCAGAAGCUAGAAAAGAAGGGAGCCAGUAACACUUGGAAACAAUGAAUGACAUAAAGGAGAAAAUGGCCACUAUGACUGAACGAAGACUGGCAAUAGCUUAGUCUCACCAUAAGUACAUUCUCAAGAGAACAUAGUAAAAGGGAAACAUAGUGAGGAGGCUUAUCUCACAGAAAUGUAGGCAAACCUGUCAAAAUUUUAGAAAAAUCACACAUCUGGUAUCACCUAAGACAAUGCUCAUUCUACACAAAAAUGGGGCUCCCACUCAGGAUUUUUUAGUUUCACGCAUUUCAAAAGGCUCCCACCUUGAGGCUAACCAUGUUAAUAUCAGGCUACCCUUGUUCUAAAGAACUCCAGAGGCAUAAAAAGUGGGUGGGAUGCCGUAUGUCCCACAUGUCUUGAAAGCAUUAAAAGAAGCUACCAAAUUGUUUUCCAACAUGGUUGUACCAUUUUAUGUUCCUAUCAGCAGUGUACAAAGGCCCAGUUGUUCCACAUAUUCUCCAACACUUACUAUGGUCAGUCUUUUGCAUUUUAGCCAGUCUAAUUUUUUUUUUUAAUAGGUGGCUAUUUUAAUUUGUGGCUAUUUUUAUUUGCAUUUCCCUAACGUCUAAAGAUGUUGAGCAUCUUGUCAUGUGCUUAUCUGCCAUCUGUAUAUCUUCUUUGGUGAAGUAUUUCUUCACAUCUGUUAUUCAUUUUCUAAUUGGAUUGUUUGUUUCUCUAUUAUUGAGUUUUGAGAGUUCUUUAUAUAUUUUGGAUUAAAAAAAUCCAUUGCCGUUGAGUCGAUUUCGACUCAUAGCAACCCUAUAGGACAGAGUAGAACUGCCCCAUAGAGUUUCCAAGGAGUGCCUGGUGGAUUUGAACUGCUGACCUUUUGGGCAGCAUACAUAGCUCUUAACCACUACACCACCAGGGUUUCCAUAUUUUGGAUACAAGUCCUUUAUCAGACCUAUGAUUUACAAAUAUUUUCUCCCAGUUUGUGGCCUCUCCUUUCAUUUAUCUUAAUGGUGUCUUUCAAAAAAAAAGUUUUUAAAUUUUGAUGAUGUUCAGUUUAUCAUUUUUUCUUUUACAGUUAAUGCUGUUUUUUGGGGGUGGGGUACUGCCAUAGAAAUCUUUGCCUACCACAAAGGCCACAAAGAUAUUCUCCUAUGCUAUUUCCAAGACACUGUAUAAUUUUAGUUUUUACAUUUAUAUCUAAAAUAAUUUGUGUGUAUGGUUUCAAAAAAGGGUUGAAGUUCUUUUUAUCUUCCAUAUGGAUAUCCGGUUGUUCCAGUAACAAUGCUGAAGGAUUUUCCUUUCCCCCUUGAAUUACUUUGACACGAUCAUAAAAAAUCAAUUGACCUUAUAUUCAUGGAUCUAUUUCUGAACUCUCUAUUCUGUUCCACUGAUCCGUUUGCCUAUCCUUACACCAACGACAUACUAUUUUGAUCACUAUACCUUUAUAAUAAGUCUUGAAAUUAGGCAGUAUAAGUCCUCCAACUUUGUUCUUCAAAAUCAUUUUGGCUAUUCUAGGUCAUUUCCAUUUCUGGAAUCAGCUUGUCCAUUUUGACAGAAGGAAAGUCUAUUGGGAUUUCCACUGGGAUCAUACUGAAUUUAUAAAUCAAUUUGAAGAGAACAGUCAUCUAGCAAUAUUGAAUUUGUGAACAGUCUCUCCAUUUAUGUAAAUCUUUUAAGAUUUCUCUCAAAGAUGUUUUAUAGUCUGUAGUUCAUAUCUUUGGCUAAAUUUAUUCCUAAGUAUAUAUAUUUUUUAUUCUAUUGUAAAUUAUAUAGAUUUUUAAAUUUCAUUUUUCAAUUGUUUGUUGCUGGUAUAUAGAAACAGUACUGAUUUUUUUAUAUUGCCCUUGUCAACUAUGAUCUUGCAAAAUUUACUAAUUUGUUCUAGUAGUUUUUUUGUAGAUAACUUGGAAUAUUUUAUGUACACAAUCAUGUUGUCUGUGACUAAAGACAGUUUGAAUUCUCCCAUUCUAGUCUUUUAUUUCUUCUUCUAUUGCUAUGAGUGGGACAUCUGGGACACUGUUGAAUAGCAGUGGGGUGAGUGGGCAUCUUUGCCUUGUUCCCAAUCUUGGGUAAAAAUAUUUAAUAUUUCAUUACUAAUUAUAGCUGCGAGUUUUUUCAUGGAUGCCCUUUUCCAGAUUGAGGAAAUUCUCUUCUAUUCCUAGUAUGUCGAAAGUUUAUUAUUUGUAUUGUUAUGAGUGGUUGUUGAAAUUUGUCAGAUGCUUUUUUAUGCAUCAGUGGAAGAAUUAUAUAAUGUUUCUCCUUUAUUCAGUUUAUUACAUUGGUUGAUUUACAAUUGUUAAACUUAAUUUGCAUUCCCAGGAUAAAUCCCACUUGGUGAAUUUGACUUGCUAAUAUUUUGUGGAGAAAUUUUGUGUUCUCUAUGUUCGUAAGAGAUACUGGUUUGUAAUUUUCUUUUCUUGGAAUAUUCUUGCCAGGUUUUGAUAUCAGGAUUAUGAUGGCCUCAUAAAUCAAGCUGGUAAUUAUUCCCUUCUCCUCCAUUUUUCUGUAAAAUUCUUUAACAUAUUUAUAAUAAAACCUUGUUUGUUAAUUCCGAUGUCUGGACUGUGGUGUGCUUCUCUUACCUAUUUUUCCCUCUUGCUGCUUCUUUACAUGUCUAGUAUUAUUUGAUUGUAAAUAGAUAUUGUGGAUGGCAGUCGCAGAAACUCUGGAUUCUCUUAUCUUCCUUUGAAGAGUGUUGACUUUUGUUCUGGCAGGCAGUUAAAUUACUGGGAGAUCAACUUGAUAUGGGGACGACUUGGUUUUUGGCCUUGUAAGGGUAGGCCAAUUUCAGUUUUGCCUUUAGGCCAGGGAAGUAGUCUUUACUCUUAAGGUUUCAGUGGAAGAAGCUCCAGCCAUUUCACAAGGUCCUCUAACUAGGUGGAUCUUGAACUCUCCGCCUGUCUUCCAUCACUGGAAAACUGCUGAAAUCGCUGUACAGCUUUUGGCCUUCAGGUCUUGUUUUCCCCUUGGGCUCCUUGAAGUCGCUCUACAAUGUAUACUUCAUGACUCAACCACAUGUUUAAGGGUCUGUAUGCCAAUUUUGGGGUUCCUCCCUUGUGGCUCUCUCUUUUCCAUGUUAUCCCUCCUCACUUUCCAGCCACUGUGGCAGCUAUAAAGUCUAACCUCUAACUUGUCUGCCCAAUAAGACUGUGGCUUUCUGCUUGAGCUCUGCUCCCCAUGUGCUGUGUGGACUGAAAAAUGUCCUGAGAGGAAAAGCCAGUUAAAUGUUCCUCUUCUUUCAAAGGCUGUAUGCACUCUGGUUGCCUGUUUUGGUUGCUCUUCGGUACCUUCAAACAAACAAAAAAAGUUGUCCUGAGUUUACAGUAGCUAUUGGCAGGAAUGUUAGUCUGAUGCAAGCUACUGUACCAUUACUGCAAGAAGAACUCACCCAAAUACAUUAUUAUUUAAAGCAAUUGUUUUCUUUUUUUUUUAUGCUCCUGCUGUCAUGGUGCACUAAGCGUAUAUCUAGUCUUUAUACUGGGUAAGUUAAUACUGGAGUUUGGUUGUCUGUUCUGAGAAUUUACUUAACUGAAUUUAAAUUUCAUGAAAUAAUUCAGCAAAUUAGUUAUUGUUCUUAAUAACCAUCAAAGUUUCAGAGGCUGAAACUAGGUCUCUAACAGUGACAUCAUUUUUCAAAAAUUUUAUUGUACUUUAGGUGAAAGUUUACAGCGCAAAUUAGUUUCUCAUUCAAAAAUUUAUACACAAAUUGUUUUGUGACAUUGGUUACAAUCAGUGACAGCAGCUUGAGUGUUUUUAUUAUUUUUUUUUAUAAACUUUAAUCUAUUUUUCGAAAUAGGUAAUACAUGCACAUGGUUCAAAAUUUAAGAAGUGAAAAAGGAUAUACAACAAAAAGCUUCCUUCCCACUUGCUUGCUUGUGUUUUUAAAAAAUUGGCAGCUACAUUUUUUGAUCUCUUGCAGCAUACAAACAAAUUGGUUGUAUCCUGCCUGUCACAAUUCAAUGAAGUCCUUGGCAAAGCGUUUUCAAAAUAAAGGACAUCCUCCAGCAGGAAUUGUCACAGAGGAAAGCAUCGAUUCCAUUAAUUCAGCAAACAUUUAUUGAGCUACACAGUGUGCCUGGAACAAUGUUAGCUAUCAUGGGGUAUAAACAUGAGUCAUACGGUUGAUAGUGCACUUUUCUUAAUUAGAAAGGAGAAGAAAGUAGAAUGAAGGACUAUUUGUCAGGCAAUCUGAUGCCUUCUACUUAACCUAGUUGGAAGAGUUGGUGGAGGUUUGGUCUCUGCCCAGAUGAAGCCUGGAGUUAAGGUUACAUUCUUGGCCUUGUCUCUCUAACAGAAUGUGUCUCCAACCCAGCAGUGGCCCUGUUCACAGCCAAGCUCAGCACCUGCCCAAGAACUUUGCUGGAAGUUUGGUCUCUAUCUCACAGUUUUUAGGGGGAAGAAAAAACUAAGCCGAGCCUUCUCAACAUCAGAACGUCGAACUAGUGACAGCUGACAACUGAAGGGGUGUUCAAAGUUCUGAGGGUUCCCAAGCCAAGUCUGAAAGGGCUGAAUCCCUCUCCCAGCAGCUGAGAAAACAUGGAGUGUCCACAAGAAAUGAACCGAAAAGACACUGGAAGCUGAGCAAACCUACUGAGGCAGCAACAAGUGUAUUUUACACACUCCUUGCAUGGCAAAACUUCAGGUUCCCACAGGGGCUUGGUGAAGCCAGGCAGGCCCAGUGGGAAGGACUGAAUGGUAGGCCAGGUGUGUUUGCUAGGAAUUUGAGAGUACUGAUGGGGAGAGGUAUAACCAGAAUGCUCCUUAAAAGUGAGGAUGGCAACACUUCAACUUGCUUAUUUUGGGCAUGUCAUUAGGAAAGACCAGUCUCUAGAAAAGGACAUCAUAGUUGGUAAAAUAGUUCUUGUUAAUUGACAUCGAGUUGAUUCCAACUCAUGGUGACCCCGUGUGUACAGACUAGAACUGCUCCAUAGGAUUUUCAAGGCUGUGACCUUUCAGAAGCAUAUUGCCAGGCCUGUCUCCUGAGGUGCCUCUGGGUGGGUUUGAACCACCAACUUUUUGGCUAGGAGUCAAGCGCUCAACCAUUUGUGCCAUCCAGGGAUCCUUGGUAAAGUAGAGGGUCAGCAAAAACAUGGGAAACCCUCAAUGAGAUGGAUUGACACAAUAGCCACAAUAAUGGACUCAAACAUACCAAGGAUCCUGAAGGUGGUACAAGACUGGGGAAUGUUUUGUUCUGUUAUAUAUGAGGUCGCCAUGAGCCAGAGGUGACUCGAGGGCAACUAACAACAAUGAUGGGGAGAGGUAGAAAUUAUGAAUCAGUGGGCAGUUUUAUGCCUGGAUACCCUUUGUUCCUCUGCAGGAAUUUCACAUUAAGCACAUUCCACCUGCGAGCUGCUGCUGGCCAGAAAAUACAAACUGUGCAUCCCCUACGGUGCCUUUUCCAGUGGUCCUUGAGACUGUUUGGGUUUGGGGUCUCUGGCUUCCAUAGUGCAGCAGGCCAUGCCAUUCAGCUUUCCUGUGGUGGCAAGCCUGCUUAUUGGAGGGCUUCUGAAGUCUUUAUCUGAUCCUCCAUUCAAAUGCUCAGAACAAAAGUAAUUGAUAAGCACCAGGAAACCCUGGUGAUGUAGUGGUUAAGUGCUGUGGCUGCUAACCAAAAGGUCAGCAGUUCAAGUCUACCAGGUGCUCCUUGGAAACUAUGGGACAGUUCUACUCUGUCCUAUAGGGUUGCUAUGAGUCGGAAUCGACUCGACAGCAACGGGUUUGGUUUUGGUUUUCUUUCCCGUGAUGAUGUAAAAAAGUUUCUAAAGAGCAAGGACUGGUGAAUGGAAAUUAAUUGUACAGCAGUGUCCACGAGGAUUCUUUUGAGAUGUAUGAGAAGGUCAUUAAUAAAUUUAUUUAGUAUGCUGUCCUUAUGGUUUAAUUUUAGUGACUGUUAAAGAAACAAAAACAUAAGUUUAUUCUCAGCCUUCUGCUCCCUAAUUCUCUCUUUCCGUGAUGGCUGUAUUUCCACAGUGGGGGUUUUCAGAAAUUUAAUUCUUAUGGUGGGAGGGCCUUGAGCAGCUCUGGCCAAUAGAAGUAUAAUGUGAACCACAUUUAAAUAUUCUAGUAGCCACAUUUUUAAAAAUAAACAAGUGAUAUUAACUUUAAUAAUUUAUUUAAGACAAUAAGUAUAUCCAAAAUAUAAUUUCAACAUGUAAGCCAUAUAAAAAAUUAAUGACAGUUUUUUUUUUUGGUACUAAGUCUUUGAAAUCUGGUGUGUAUUUUACACUUACCAACCCAAACCUGUUGCUAUCAAGUAGAUUCCCGCUCAUGGCAACCCCACAUGUGUCAGAGUACACCUGUGCUCUAUAGGGUUUUCAACUGCUGAUUUGUCAGAAGUAGAUCUAGAUCACCAGGCCUUUCUCCUGAGGUGUCUCUGGGUAGACUCCAACCUCCAGCCUUUCCGUUAGCAGCCAAGGGCAGUAACCAUUUACACCAAAGCACAUCUCCAUGUGAACCAACCACAGUUCAAAUAGCCAAUAGCCACACGCGGUUAGUGGCUACCGUAUAGGACAGCACAGGACUAGAAUGUAGGCCACAGUGAUGCCCUCAAGGUCCCCCUACCCAGGCAAACAACAAGCCCUGUGCCUCAUUCCAAGAGUCCCUGUGGUGCAAAUGGUUAAGUGCUGGAUUACUAACCAAAGGGUUGGCGGUUCAAAUCCACCCAGAGGCACCUAGGUAGUAGGGCCCGAGGAUCUGCUUCUGAAAGGUCACAGCCUUAAGAACCCCAUAAAGCACGGUUCUGCUCUGCAUGCUUUGGGUUGUCUGAGUAGGAAUCCACUGGACAGCAACUAACAACAAGAAGUGAUGAUACAGGCAGGAGGGAGUUUAGAAUGGAAAUCAGAUGCCCGGAUUAGCUCUGGGUUUUGUCGAUUAAGAUAUCUGGAAUGCAAAGGGGAGGGUGUUUUAGGUGGGGAAACCUGUGUAAGGCCUAGUAGGUUGGAAGAGGCCAUUUGGAAAACGUGUGGCCUUGCAGGAGGUAAGAGAACAGUUAAGGGAGGAGAAGGCAAGGCGUGGUGGGGGCACUGGGCGGAAGGCCGUGCAUCCAGCCACGUGGUAAGGUAAGAUUUUACCUAGGGCUACCUUUCAGCUAACUGUUGCUCUGUUUUUGUGUUUUCUCCUCUGCCCCCUGCCCACUCUCCAGCGAUGGUGCUGGGCCUGCCCGGCGCCUGGGCCACGGAAGCCUGCGUGCGCACCUGCCCUACCGCCUGUGUCUGCAGCAGCUCUGAGCGCGGCUGCUCGGUGCGUUGUGACCGCGCGGGCCUCCUGCGUGUGCCGGCCGAGUUCCCGUGCGAGGCGGCUUCCAUUGACCUGGACCGCAACGGCUUGCGCUUCCUGGGCGAGCGGGCCUUCGGCACGUUGCCAUCGCUGCGCCGCCUGUCGUUGCGCCACAACAACCUGUCGUUCAUCACGCCCGGUGCCUUUAAGGGCCUGUCGGGUCUGGCUGAGCUGCGCCUGGCGCACAACGGCGACCUUCGCUACUUGCACGCGCGCACCUUCGCCGCGCUUGGUCGCUUGCGCCGCCUCGACCUGGCCUCCUGCCGCCUCUUCAGCGUGCCUGAGCGCCUCCUAGCCGAGCUGCCCGCCCUGCGGGAGCUCGCCGCCUUCGACAACCUGUUCCGCCGCGUGCCCGGGGCCCUGCGCGGCCUGGCUAACCUAACGCACGUGCACCUGGAGCGCGGCCGGAUCGAAGCAGUGGCCUCCAGCUCACUGCAGGGCCUGCGGUGUCUGCGCUCGCUCAGCCUGCAGGCCAACCAUGUCCGCACCGUGCAAGCCGGCGCCUUCCGUGACUGCAGCGCCCUGGAGCACCUGCUGCUCAAUGACAAUCUGCUGGCCGGGCUGCCCGCCGACGCCUUCCGAGGCUUGUGCCGCCUGCGCACGCUUAACCUGGGCGGCAAUGCUCUGGGCCGAGUGGAACGCACCUGGUUCGCAGACCUGGCAGAGCUGGAGCUGCUUUACCUGGACCGCAACAGCAUCGCCUUCGUGGAGGAGGGCUCCUUCCAGAACCUCUCGGGCCUUCUGGCGCUGCACCUCAACAGCAACCGCCUCACUGUGCUAGCUUGGGCCGCCUUCCAGCCCGGCUUCUUCCUGGGCCACCUAUUCCUCUUCCGAAACCCGUGGCGCUGUGACUGCCGCCUGGAGUGGCUGCGGGACUGGAUGGAGAGCUCUGGGCACGUGGCCGACAUGCUGUGCACCUCCCCGGGCUCCGUGGCUGGCCUGGACCUCAGCGAGGUGGCCUUUGGGCACUCCUCUGACGGCCUCUGUGUGGACCCGAAGGAGCUGAACCUCACUGCAACCAGUCCAGGCCCAUCCCCAGAGCCAGCAGCUACCACUGUGAGCAGGUUCAGCAGCCUCCUCUCCAAGCUGCUGGCCCCUAGGGCCCCGGUGGAGGAGGUGGCCAACACCACUGAGGUGCUGGCCAACACCUCAUUGUCCAGCAGCCUUCCCUCCCAUGGGGUGGGAUGCUGGGGCUGCAAGACCACAAUUCUACUUAUCUCUUAUCUUCUGUGCAAUGUGGUCCAGCAUGUGGUGUUUGGCCUGCAUAUGGACUGAUCCUGACACACUGGAGUGGCCCAAACUGCCUUGGCCAGCAAAAGAAAGUUUGGUUAACUGGGCUUGGGGGAGGGUGCUUAGAGAGGGAGGGACAGGAUGGCUGCAGGUCAUGAGGAUGCCAGUUGAGGGUGGAAGGAACAGUUUGCCUCCAGAGCUGGCCCUAGGAAGAGGAGAACCCUGGGAAAUGCCACAUGGGGGAGGAGGGAGGCUGUGGAUUUUUGGCCUUGUCAUAUGGGCAUCAGUUGGAAACGAGAAGCAAGAGUGAACAUGGAAGGCUAGGAACUGGAAUCUCCUAGGGGUGCAAAAUCCCUUUCCCCCCAUCUCCAGGCAACAGUGCCUGCAAUGCCUGACUUACAGUCGGUCCAUUGGCUAAGUACUAAGGACUGUGCCAUUUCUCCUGGCAGGGUAACCCAUUAAGACCACAAUCCUCCUCCCCCUCCCCCAGGGGCCUGGGGACAUUGGGGUCCAGGAAGGUGGACCAGGCAUGAGAGAAGGGGGAUGGUAGCAGGCCUUAGAGCAAGAGGGUGGUUCCUGGGGUCUGAGAUGUGUUAAGAGACAUUGUGGUUGUGGAAGCUAAAGCCAACAUGGAGUCCCUUACGCCAUGCUGGAAAAGCGUGGCUACUACCUGGUUUCACAGGGCAAAAAUUAAAGAUGAUAAGUAACCUAACUUUUAGAAAUAGUAAUUAGCUUGUUUCUGUAGAUUUAUGCAUAAUCGACAGUUCCUCCUUUUUAACUCCUGCAUUUCAGACAAGCAGAUGCCUUGUUAUCUGCCUCUGCUCAGCAGGCACAGACCACAUCCUUAUCCGCCCCCCUCCCCCCAACUGCAACAUUUGUCUUCUUAAGCAAACUGACAUUUCAGAGAAGAAAGGAAGUUGAAGGGCAUUUUAAUGGAUCUCUGAAAAAAUGGCUAAAACCGCCAGGACUUCUCGAACUCUUUUUGUUUCCCUCUGACUGUUAUUAACCCCAGUGCUGCCACAUUUCUUUGGAACACAUGGUUUAGGCUGUGUGUUCCCUGAUCUGACAAUAAAUCUCUAGUAUAGUUUUUAACUUUGCUUCAAUUCUCAGAAAUUCUUUUACAUUUCUGGUGUCAGAGACAUGGGAUUCCCUAGGUAGCCUCUGCAAUCACAAGAUUAAUUGCUGGUUUCGAGCUUUGGUACCAAGCUAAGCUGACUGAGCUCCUUUGUCUCUGCUUUAUUUCAGGAUUACUCAGGUAAAAAUAAAAAACAAGAAACCUCUUGGAAUCUUGGCUCCAUGCCUUGCAUAAUAGCUCUCCUGAGAUUUAUUUUUUGAUCUGUAUUUUGAAUUGUCAACUUUGGAACUGCUGUCCUGAUGGAUAGUGUGAACUCCAAUAUUUAUUGUGAGUUUGGUGAAUCAUAGUGCUUAGGACUGUCUUAGUGUGGGGUAUGCUGAAUCCAAGAAAGCAGCUGAUUUUCCUCUGGCUCACUGCAUGGCCAAGAACUAUGGAUGUAGGUGUUGUUUGUAUUUGGAUUUUUGUUUGAGCUCCUUAACAACAGUUCGUUAAAUCAGUGACCACUUUAGGGUACUUUCCAACUGGAAAGAUUAGUAUAUUUAAGGUCUAAAAUAAGAGACUAGGUCUCUAGCCAGCAGAAUGAAUUAGGUUCAGAAAGAAUGAAACUAGGUUUCAUAUGGUUGUGACAAAGGAAUCCCAGAGUCUUUAAGCCACAAAAAUAUGUGGGCAUGGGUCAAGCAUCUUACAUGCCCUUACAGCACUUGUGCCACUGACAGAAAGACACCCAUGAAAGGAUAAGCUGGGACAUGAGGUGGAACAGAGCUCUAGGCUGCCCAGCAAUUGCAAGGAAACUCUCAUGCAACAGAAGCACACUGUGAAACAAAACAGUGACCAAACCCCGUUGCAGACUCUCUGCUAGGAAUUUUAUUUGGCUCUGGGAAUUCAAAGUUUCAACCUAAGAGAAUAAGAUUCUUAACAUCCUUGAUAAAUGAACCUGGAUUUCUCCCCUACCAGGAUGCUGGUUUGGGUUUCAUGUUCAAAAACACUAUAAGCUGAAUAUACUUGAAGUAAUUUGAAAUCUCAGUGAUCACUUUGGAAAAAUGAGUUCCCAUUUGCAUUGUCCUUUUCAGAGAGCUUUUGUUUAAUGCUCAGUUUUAGUCUAAAGGUCUGAAUAAAAUUCUUCCAUCUGAGACUCUGGCAUGUUAACGAGUUUGUCUAGGACCUGUUUUUCUAUUGAACUGAGUCAAUCUCAUCCAAGAAUUGCUGUAUACAUUUUAAGAAACGGUUUCUCCAUAUUUUUGUCUUGUGUUGAGUAUAAGCCUGGGUUUUGAGCUGGCCUCACAGACUGCUGAAUUUAGGUAAUAUUUCUGUCUCAUUUUGUGUCUGAGUUUUUGUCUUGUCUCUGGAAGCUGUGACUGACAGUUGCUUGGUUUUUCUCUUCUUUUUUUCUCAUGAGGCAGUCUUUUAAAACUUAGUUUUUUUUUUCUCUUCCAAGAAAAACUGCUUCUUGAGCCUGUCUUAUCAGUUGGGCUUUCAGGAGGUACACUGAAAAAAUUUGAUACAAAUUGGUCUAUUUGAAAGGUGCACUGAAAAGGAGGGAUUGUUUAUUUUGAUUGGUAUAACAAGGCCUUAAAACGGACAACUUAUUCUAAAUUGUUUCCUUAAAGGAUCCUUUAAAAUAUGCAAAAGAGAGGGCUAUGAAAAUGUAAUAAUUUCCUACCUCUGGAUGAGAUGGUAUUAUUAAAUUACAUUAUAGUAUUCCUUCAAAGAAAUUACUCUGAUCAGUUUAAUGAUAAAUAAGUGCUUACAUAAGUCAAAUAGUCCUAAUAUUCCCAGAAAUUAAUGAAAAUGAAUCCAUUUAACAGAGGUUUUUAUGUUUAUGUCGACUUUGAAAACAAAACCUCUCUAAGUAACUUAAGCUAGAUAUUAUAUGAAAUGUGUUUUAUUUAUGGAAAAGGAGUAGUUUUUAUUAAUUCCAGAAUGAGAAGAAAGAAGACUAGACUGCUUACCAAGAGAAUAAUAAAAAUUAGAUGGAAAAGAAUUUAGUUAUCUUUCAAAAUACAUAGGCCAAAUUAAAUUUAAUGUAAAUGAAUUGAUAUUAACUGAUUCUUUCUUGAAAGGAGCCUCUGAGAUGCUCACUACUCCAGAGAAAGCUUUGAAAAGACCCCUCCCAACCAGGCAAAAACCUUUUAAAGACAAAACAAAAUAGGAUAAAUAAUGUGGACAUUAAUGAAGCCUAAAAUAAGAAAAAUGCUACCUUAAUACAGUUACCGGAAAUUGGGUGGAUCCCCAACAUAAAAAACCUGUGGACAAAUCUAAGGUUAGAUUGAGAAAAUAUAAGAAAUGGUAAGGGUUUGAAUGGAAAUAUAGACUAUUUAGACAAACUUUACUUCAACAGUAAUUAUGUUUUGUAAUAUAUAGGGUUAAAUUAAUUUCUAAGAUUUUUUGGUAACUUACUGAUGUUUAUAGGCUCUUACUUUUUAUGCCUCAGAGAAAGGAUAUAUAUAUAUACCAAACCCAUUUCCAUCAAGUCAAUUCUGACCCAUAGUGAUCCUAUAGGACUGGAUAGAAUUAUUCCAUAGGGUUUUCAAGGAGCAGCUGGUGGAUUUGAACUACCGACCUUUUGGUUAGCAGCUGAGUUCUUAACCACUGCAUCACCAGGUCUCCAUAUACAAACAUACAUAUACGUAUAUAUAUAUAUAUGUAUGUAUAUACAUGGUGGCACAGUGGUUAAGAGUUAUGGUUGCUAACAAAAAGAUUGGAAGUUUGAAUCAACCAGCCACUCCUUGGAAAUCUUGUGGGUCAGUUCUAAAAAUGCCCUAAAGGGUCACUAUGAGUUGGAAUUGACUCGACGGCCAUGGGUUUGGUUUUGGGGUUCUAUAAAAGGUCUAUUAAAAUGGAAUUUAUUUGAUAUUGUCAGACUUCUUAUUUGCUGCUGGUAAAAGUUUAAUGGGUUAAUUUAUGAGAAUUUUUAAGAGGUUUAAUGUCAAAUAGCAUAUAUAUAAAGCAAAGAAUUGGGUUUCUCACUGUUAACAAAAUUUUCUUUGAUUAUUGGAUCGAAGAGUUAAUUUUAUUGUUUGUGCAAUCUGCCCUGAAAGCAAGGGUUCAACAGGAUAAAUUCCUGAGUUGAAAAUCAAGCUGCAUGGCUUUGGAAAAAGCUAAGGUUUUUACCUUUAAGGUCUUUGGUUAAAUAACUCAAGUAUUGUUUCUCAGUGACUAUGAUUAACUCAUAACAACUUUGAAACUUCAUGGAAAGCCACAAAAGAUUUGUGUGUGUUUCAUAAAGAGAAAACUGCUAAAAACAGUUUUAUUUAAUUUGUUAUGAGUUACAUGAAACAUGUCAAAUCAAGAGAAAGCCCAAAAUUUCUUUGAGUUAAAAUUUAUGUCAGUGAUGUUUGCAUGAUAUUAGAUGACAAGCACAUAAAUAUUAUUAUUUCAAUUGCUAACUUGUUCACAACUUAGUUUCCUUUGAAUCUAUUGUCAUCAAAACCAAUGGCUUUAACUGGGGAAUUCACAUAGUUUAUCCAUGGAGUUUUUAUUACUAUUCAGAUGUUUAGAGACUUGAUAAUCUUGGUAUAUUCUCAUUGUGUCUUGACUAUUUAGUAUAGUGUCUCAAAAUUAUUUUGUGUUCUAUUUGAAGCUCUUUGAAAAUAAGGUUAAUCAUUAUGUUUAGAGAUGUUUCGGUCUAAAGUUUUUUUUAAUUGACUUUAUUUGGCUUUGCAUUACUUUUGCAGUUAAUUUCUAUCAGGUGUUUCACUUUCAAGAAUUAUUAUUAUUAUUAUAAGUUUACCAUGGCCAUUUUUAAGUUUGUCAUCUGCAAAUAAGUUUUACUUUGCUGACUCACUGAAAACGCUUGACCAAAGUAUUUCAACAAAAAUGGACUAUAUCAGACUUAUGAAAAGGACUGUAUUUCUAACAUGGAUACUAUUGGACUGAAUCAAGAUUUCUAGAACUCUUAUGUAGAAAUUGAUGAAGUGUUCAGACUGCUGCUGAUCCAGAAUUGCAUGGAACCAAAAACUAACUACAUAGGACUGAGCAGACUAAAGGAUUACUAGGGGCUUUAUAUAAGAAUAUUGCUGACGUUCAAUGUUACAUUUUCUAGAUAUAAGAAACCAUUUUUUCCUUUCCCUCUUUUAAUGUAAGAAUCAGCUAUUUCAGUAACUAAUAACACUAUGCUGGCUAUGGAAUAUCCUAUGAUAAGAGUUUUUCUCUUCUCUUGAUACUUGCUAUUUGACUAGCCCAAAGGGCACAUCUUGGUUAUGUGACCGUAAUCUUUGGACUUGGCUCCCACCUGGAUAGAUUAACAGAUGUACUAUAGGAUUGAGUUGGACCCAAGUUCGAAUAUUGGCUGACUUACCUCUUCUAGCUGAUGUUCUACUUUUAAGAACUCAUUAAUCCAGAUCUGUAUUUCAAUGAGAUCAUCAUUUUGCUUCUAUUUUUGUACCUCAAAUAGGGUUAGAAGAUGUUACGGCACAUGUCAAAGUUCCAACUAAAUAUAUUCAGGAGGUUUUAAAUAAUUCCACCCAUGGACUCUAAGAAAUAAAUGCCAAAGUGACUAUGAUGAGAAGAGUAGUUCUCCAAAACGGAAUGGCUCUUAGCAUUCUCACGGCUGCUCAGGGAGGCAACUGUGCUAUUGUUAGAGCUGAUUGUUGUGUUUAUAUUCCUGAUAGUAGUGCUAAUAUCACUCACUGUGUUUCCCAUCUGCAACAACGUGUCAAAUCUCAAUAAUCUUGUUCUCUCUUUGACUGAUAUUUUAAACAAUUGGUUUAGUUCUUGGGGUGGAUAGUGGAAGAAAAUAUUAAUUUUCCUUGGCUUCUUUCUAUUCAUCUUUGUAUCUAUUUUAUAAAUAUAAAAUGUUGUUUUUUGCUAAUCAAAUAUUGUAUUUCUAAAUCUACUCACUCUGCAGAAGAACUGAUGUUAAUCACUUGUGCUUUUCGGCAAGGAAAUAAUGUGUAACUUUUUGCCCUUUGGUAUACAGGUAUUGGCUAAUGUUCUUCAGGCUGGCUAAGGAGUUUCUCAAAUUUGGCCUAAAACUUCUACUAAUAAAACUCCAAAAUGACUCACCCUGAAGAGGAGGCCUGAUAGCAUGGCAAGGUGAAGAAAAUAAACACGAGGUAAUAUGACACUGAAAUAAGGUAAAUGAUGGAGUGAUCAACAACAAGAAGUAAAAGUUCUAGCAGAAGAAAGGUUACUCCACUUUUAGGUCAUCAGUGCCUUCUAGUGGAGGCUGGAUCAAAAAGGGGAAAAUGUGGCUGUGGAAGCUAAAAUCAACAUGGAGUCCCUUAUGCCAUGCUGGAAGAGCAUGGCUACUACCUGGUUUUGUAGGACAAAAGUUUAAGAUGAUAAGUAACCUUUUAGAAAUAGUAAUUAACUUGUUUCUGUAGAUUUAUGUAUAAUCAACAGUUCCUUGUCUUCAACUCCUGCAUUCCUAACAGACAGACUCCUGGUUAUCUGCCUCUGCUCAGCAUGCAUGGACCCCCAACCCCCUCCUGAAAACUGCAACAUCUAUCUUCUUAAGCAAACUAAAGUUUCAAAGAAAGGAAUUUGAAGGACAUUUUAAUGAACCUCUGAAAAACCUGCUAAAACUGCCCCAGACUUCUGUUUGUUUCCCUCUGACUAUAUUAACCCUGAUGCUGCCACAUUUCUUUGGAACACUUGGUUUAGCUGUGUGUUCCCCAAUCCAUGAAUUGUUGAUCAAAUAAUAAAUCUCUAGUAUUGUUUUCAACUUUGUUUGAGUUCUCAGAAAUUUUUUUACAGCAUUAAAACAAAGAUCAAUUUAAUUUACUCCGUAGUUAUUCCCAGAGAUGGCCUUGGCCACAAAGGAACUUUAGGGCAGGCUAGGAAAAAAGAGGGGGUCUGAGGACAAAUAAGUUUGUAAAAUCCUAAGAUAAAAAAAAAAAAAGAGGUUAAGCAGGUUUCUCUACUAUAGAAUUUUUCAGAGCAUUUCAUAUGCUGACAAUAUCGUGCAUCUCCAAGGAGGCCAUAAAAACCUCCGUUCUUUGCUUUAGGUGAAGGGAAGGACAAUACUCAAUACAUGGAAGGUCAGCUCAACUGGACUGGACCAAAAGCAAAGAAGUUUCCAGGAUAAACUGAAUGCUUCAAAGGUCAGCAGAGCAAGGGCGGGGGUUUGGGGACCAUGGUUUAAGGGGGCUUCUAAGUCAAUUGGCAAAAUAAUUUUAUUAUGAAAACAUUCUGCAUCCCACUUCGAAAUGUGGCAUCUGGGGUCUUAAAUGCCAACAAGUGGCCAUCUAAGAUGCAUCAAUUGGUCUCAACCCACCUGGAUCAAAGGAGAAUGAAGAACACCAAGCUCACACAAUAACUAAGAGCCCAAGAGACAGAAAGGGCCACAUGAACCAGAGACCUACAUCAUCCUGAGACCAGAACUAGAUGGUGCCCGGCCACAACCGAUGACUGCCCUGACAGCGAGCACAACAGAGAACUUCUGAGGGAGCAGGAGAUCAGUGGGAUGCAGACCCCAAAUUCUCAUAAAAAGACCAGACUUAAUGGUCUGACUGAGACUAGAGGAAUCCCGGCGGUCAUGGUCCCCAAACCUUCUGUUGGCCCAGGACAGGAACCAUUCCUGAAGACAACUCAUCAGACAUGAAAGGGACUAGACAGUGGGUAGGAGAGAGAUGCUGAUGAAGAGUGAGCUAUUUAUAUCAGGUGGACACUUGAGACUGUGUUGGCAUCUCCUGUCUGGAGGAGGGAUGGGAGGAUAGAGAGAGUUGGAAGCUGGCAAAAUUGUCACGAAAGGAGAGACUGGAAGGGCUGACUCAUUAGGGGAAGAGCAAGUGGGAGUAAGGAGUAAGGUGUAUAUAAACUUAUAUGUGACAGUCUGACUUGAUUUGUAAAUGUUCACUUGAAGCUCAAUAAAAGUUAUUAAAAAAAAAAAAAAACCUCCGUUCUUAACGUUUUGUGGGAAGUAUCCAGAGGACACAGAGAUGCUACGUUAGGGAGACUAGAUGUCUCCCUAGGUGUGUAUCCCCAAGAGGGAAGGAAACAGCCAGUAACUGGGCAGGGGCUGAGAGAUUCCCCAGGGUGGGAGUUGGCGUGGGAUGCUCCCAGGCCUGACUGCCAGAGCCAGGGCAAACCAGUACCUGGAGCAAGUGUGCAUGGCCUCUGGCUGGGCUAUGUCAGAUGGCAGGGCUGCCAGAUCCCACCCCAGGGGCCCUAACAAGCCCUCCUUUCUCAGAGUUGCAGUGGAAAUGAGGGAGCUGGACUGUGCUGUCGACCUCAGGACUAGCAGCAUUUUCAGCCCAGUUACUGGCUGCAGUGGCAGCCUUUGCAGGCUGUGUCCUCCCCUGCCUGCCUCUAUAAUUAGCUGCAGAACCACCGUGAGUGGGACACAGCAGGCCCACAUUCAUAAUGGACCAUGAGUGCCAUAUGUCUGCUAACUUCAUGCUCAAGCUGUUCUCUAUACCGUGUGCAAUGAUGACUACGUUUGUCAACAUUCUAGAAAGCUGUAAUCUUCUUAAUGUUCCCAGUUCCUCUCUGUAUUUGAAGAGGUGGUUCUUCAAAGCCCACAUGGAUUCAGGGAGCUGGGGACAGUAUUUCUCCUGUGUCUCUAGGUUUAGUAUUAAAAAUGUUGCAGAAAGCACCACUGAGGGCAGGAGUUUUCAAAUGAGUUUUCAACCACUAGUGGUCUUUAGUGGUCAUAAACUCAGUAAGUCAGGACAGCAUUUUAAAAAAAGUCAUGAUAGACCAGAGUAGAAAAGUCACAGAGUAUCACAUGUAACAUUAUAAGGGUAAGUAUUGUUUUGUGCAACUUAUUAUUACAUGCAUUUGUUCAAAUUAUAACUGUAUGUAUGUGUGUGUUGGGUUGCUAUGUAUGCUUUUGUUUAAUGAAAGUUUACAGAGCAAAUUAGUUUCCCAUUCGAUAGUUUGUACAUAAAGUGUUCCGUGACAUUGGUUUCAUUCUCCACAAUGUGUCAGCAUUCUCUCCAUUUCCACCCUAGAGUCCCCGUUUCCUUUCAUUCUAAUUAUCUACUCCUUCCUGCCUUCUCACCUUUGCUUCUGGGCAAAUCUUGCCCUUUCGAUCCUGAAUAAUUGAUUGUUCUAUGGAGCGUAUUCCUCUCAGGUGUUAUUGUUUAUUUUAUGAGCCUGUCUAUGGUUUGGCUGACAGGUCUCUGGGAAUGGCGUCAGUUCUAGUUCAGAAGGGCGUCUGAAGGCAAUAGCCUCAGGGGUUCCUACAGUCUAUGUCCCGUCUUUUUCGUGAAUUUGAUUUUUUGUUCUACAAUUUUCCUCCUACUCUGUCCAGGAUCCUCUGUUGUGAUCCCAGUCAGAGCUAUUGAUGGUGGUAGCUGGGCAUCAUCUAGUUCUUCUGGCCUCGGGGUCAUGUAGGCUGUGGUUCAUGUGGUCCACUAGUCCUUUGGACUAAUUUCUCCCUUGAGUCUUUGAUUUUCUUCAGUUUCUUUUGCUCCAGAUGGGAAGAGACCAAUAGUUAGUUGUAUCUUAGAUAGCUGCUUGCAAGCUUUUAAAACCCCAGACUCUAUUCAUCAAAGUAGGAUGCAGAACUUUGUCUUUAUGAACUAUGUUGUGCCAGUUGGUGUAGAUGUCCCCCAAGUCUACGGUCCUUGGCCUUCGAGCCUAAGAACUUCAUCUCACAAGAUGUUUGGUACAACUUUUAUUGUGGGUUGUGGUUAAAAUAGUUUGGAAGCCACAGUGGUGUGACCCUAAUACUCCCCAACAUGUUUUUUUCCUUCUCAAAAUGGGCAACUGAGAGCUUGACAUAACUAAGGCCAUGAUGAACCUAUAAGUUCUUCCCCUUCCUCUGCCUGCCUCCUCCUUUGUAUACCUUUGUUAAUGACUUUGUUCUUUGAUCUGAUGCAAAUAACUUUGCUUUGUUCUGUCUGACCACCUGUGACAGGGAAACCAGAGACGGAUGUCUGACAUGUUUAUCUUUAGCCUGAUAAGGAGAUGUCUAGCAUGUAUCUCUUUAGUCUGAUAAAGAGUCUUUUGUCACUAUCUUGUGAUGAAUAACUCCUCAGGCCAUGCCAUAUGCAGGCUACAAAGACACUUCUAACCCUUGUGAAAAUUCUGUAUAAGCUGUAAUGUAAAAUUGUUUUUUGGGACUCCAUAGAGACAGUCUGUGUUGCUGGGGGGUCCCGCGAUGUAUACAUCUCCUGAAUACACUUUCUCACUCUUUUUGACUUGGACUGCUCCAGGGCCUGGACGCUAAUUGGGCAACAAUGAUCUGGAGCAUGCAUUUUUUUGGGGGGGAAAAAUUUAAACCUACAUUUCAAAGUUACAAGGAUAAUACAGUGAAUAUUUUGGCCAUUCACCUAGGUUCCCAAGAUGUUAACAUCUUACCAUAGUUGCUUUAUAUCUCUCUUUUUACAUAUUAUUAUUUCUUACUCACAAUUUGAGUUGGCUGCAAACAAACUGCACUAUAAAAGGGGCAAGGUGGGGAAACCCCACCUUUAUCACUAACUGCGUGGCAAGGAUCACCAUGAAUCCAAUUCCCAGUUAGAAGUGGAUCCAGUCCUCACCUUCCCAUAUUGCCAUUCCUCUCUCUAGCACCCUUGGACUAGGUCACAAGCUAGAAUGACACUCUCCUUCACCAACUGCCCCUGCAGCCUUUCUCUGACCACCAGGCACCCAGAGCUGAUCUACACAAAUUGACUCUGUACUGCCAGCCCUUGCUGGCUUAUUGCCCCUGUGGGUUUGUUAAUUCUCUAGAAUGGCUCACAAAACUCAUGGAGAAUGUUAUCUAUACUUAUAGUUAUCCAUUUGUUAUAACCAGAAAGAAUACAAGCUAAGAGGCACAUCAGGCAAGGUCUGGGAGAGGUCCCAGCACCGAGGCUUCCAAUUGUCCUCAUGGGUGUGCUGCUCCCUCUCCCAUACAUGAAUGUUCUCACCAAUUCACCAAUUCCCGAAACAUCAAAGAGCGCUCCAAGGUUCCAUGUCCUCUAGUCAUUGGGAACUCAAUGACUAUGCAUGCACAAUGAAUAUGCAUGAUGACUGCAUCAUGCCCCCUCCCUUCCUGAAGUUAGUUUGCCAGGCAUGGGGCCUGUGUAGCCCCUACUUGCUUGACUAUUUUAGAAAGACAAAGAGUACCUUAAUUGCUUGGGCUGUUUUCAGAAACCAGAUACUGAAGGUGAAAUCUAGCUCUUUGUCCCACAAUACAUCAGCGUGUAAUUACUAAGAGCAAGGACAUUCUCUCACCCACAAUACCAUUACCCAAAUCAGGAAAUUUAUCAUUGAUAGAAUACUAUUACUUAAAAUAUACUGUAAUUGAAAUUUUAACAGUUGUCAAGAUAAAAAGGAAACCUUGGUGGUAUAGUGGUUAAGAGCUGCGUCUGCUAACCAAAAGGUUGGAAGUUUGAAUCCACCAGGCACUCCUUAAAAACCUUAUGGGGCAGUUUUACUCUCUCCUAUAGGGUCUCUAUGGGUUGGAGUAGACUCGAAGGCAGCAGGUUUGGUUUGGUUUAUGGGUGGAAAAUGAGAUUCCUAGGUUGUAGCCUUGCUUACAUUUUAUCACAUUACUAAAACUUAAGUCUGUCGAUUGGUUUUAAUGUUUCAAAGUGAAUUAGCUCUCCAAAUGUCUUACUUUUCAAAUGUGAGAAUCAGAUGAGGUCAGAAAUGAUGUUUGUUUGAACAGUGUGUUGUGGCCAUGGUAACUGAGGGAGGAUCAGGAGAAUCCCAGAGAACAGAUCGCUGCACUUGUGUAACCAUGGAAGUCCACAGCACAGACUUGCAGCCCGGGUUACUGAGGAACAAGACAAUGCCCGGAGAGGAAUAGCCUUCCUUUCGUUUGUAGUGGGUUCAUGAGAAUCAGCUUCAAAAUGCUGCUCCCGUUCUGCCUGGGUAGUUAGAUGGCCAGCUUUUUAAUGAACAUUUAUUUGGCUGAACGUUUUUGAACAAGUGUCAACACUGAAAUAGCCUCCAGGGAGACAGAUUUUUAUAGAGCUAACCAGCCCAGCAGAAUUGUGGGAAUGUGGGUGCUGCAGACUGACAAAUAAAUGCAGAGUUGCCUGGAAUGAGUUCCUGGUGAAUUGUGGCUCGAAGAUCUCAUGAGAGAACAAGAAAUGAAGAGUUCCCAUGUUGAGCAUGAAAUCUCUCACCCCAGGAUUGCCUGAUUAGUACCUUGGGAAAUAUUGGCUACCAUGGAUUCUGCUAAGCAAAACUUUGUGUACCAGUCAGGAUGGGCCAUAUUAUGCUGUAGUAACAAACAACUCCCAAACCUCAGUGGCUUACUGAGGUUUCUUUCUUCCUCAUGCUACAUGUCCAUUGGGGGUCAUUAGGGGGGCUCUGCUCAUUGCAGCUCCUCAGGGACCCAGGCUGAUGAAGGAGCUACUACUUUAGGACAUUGCUGUCUACAGACAAGGUUCCAGGGAUUGUUGCAACAGAAGAGAGCCUGGGAGGAUCAUGUAUCACUCUUAAAUCCUUCCAUCCAGAUCUAACUCACGUCACCUUUCACAUUUCAUUGGCUAAAAAAGACAUGUGGUCACACUUAACUUCACACAGGCAGAGAAGAAUGGUCCCUCUUUGUUCCCAGGGGAGGAGAACUGGGAAUAUUCAUCUUAAUGCUCCAAAGCACUAAACCAAACCCGUUGCCGUUGAUUCUGACUCAUGGUGACCCUAUAGGGCAGGGUAGAACUGCCCAGUACAGUUCUCAAGGAGCGCCUGGUGGAUUCGAACUGCCAACAUUUUGGUUAGCAGCUGUAGCACUUAACCAGUCCACCACCAGGUUUCCCCAAAGCACUAAACCAAAAAAAAACCCACUGCCGUCAAGUCAGUUCCGACUCAUAGUGACCCCAAGCACUAAAAAAAAAAAAAUUAGUGGCUCACCUUCUAGAAUCAAGCCUGGACUCUCAGACCUGUCAGAAGAACUAGACUUUAGGGGGAAAUCUGGGGAGAUUCACCAGCCCCGAUUGUUCUCUCUCCCCAGCACCCCAACUAGGCUUCUGAACACAAUAUAGGCUUUGGCCAACAGGAAUGCUAUGGCCUCAUUAUAGUGGUUCUUUCAAAAAGGUGGAGAGAAAUUGCAGAGACAAAAGGGUCAUAUUUUCACCUUUAAAAAGUGUUUUCCAUGUAAAUGUAAAAAAAAUUUUUUUUUAGCUGAAAGUACAAUAUUCAAAUUCCAGAAGUUUGAUUGCUAGAAAAUAGUCCCUCUCCAGGGAAAUAGGGAAAUAAAGCACCCAGGCUGUUUCUGAGAAGUCUCCUGGGGUGAUUUCACACACACACACAAAAAAAACACAAGGAUGGUGAAAAGUCCUCGGGGCCACCCAUCUUUUUGUCAGGCCGCCACAAUGCUGCCCUCUAGAGGAUACUGCCUGCUGGGCGCAGCUGCCCUCUGCUGUUGGUCCCCUAUGCAGUCCUCACCCUGACCUCAAGGGAAGGGAUCUUGCUCUUCCCUUUGCUCCUCAGGCCCAAGGGCAGUUUAGGCCCUUCCACACAACCUUUGACAGCAGGAGGGAACAACAGGCUGAGAAGUGAGUGAGACUUUAAAGAAGGGUUGGGUCUAAUGGAAGAGAAGUAAGAAAAGACAAACACCUGCCUACUUGUGAACGUGGCUGUUGGCAGAACCCCCAGGCCUAUAUCCCCUCAGGGUCCAUUGAGUCUGGGCUGGUCUAACUAUCCCCCCUGCCCA